UAACUUCACGGUGGUUUAUCUCUGGGAAACACAAUAGUUGAGUUCAGACCGACUUUUUAGCCUCUGUCCCUGACAGCAGAGGCUGAUUGUGAGGAUUUGUUACGGCAAGACGGCCGAACACGAAAAUUUUCGGAGUGCAAAGUGUAAAUGCGACAAUAACAUUUUCCUACCAUAUGCACUAUUAUAACAUCAAGAAAAAUGUGGAUGAAGCCACAAGAGGUCUUACUAGCCAAUGCUCUAUGGGUGACUGAACAGGCAACAGUCUAUUUCGUCCUGCAACGUCGCAAGGGUCAUGGAAAAGCGAAAGGACUCACAUCCAUCUUGGUCGGUACAUUAGACAGUGUUUUCGACACCAAACCACCCCCUUUCAGAAUCCUACAUCAGACUCCAUCCUCGGAUGUGUAUUGGAUGGUGGCGUGUGCGCUAACAGCUGAGGAUAUCGUCAAGGAUUGGGCAUGGCUUCACGCCAAUUUGAUAGACACUCUCAAAUCGUUUGAUACCGAAGAGGAAAUAACAGAUUUUGUGUGCUGCAAGAUACAGUCUAUAAUAGCAAAUAAUGUUCCGGAGAGUCACAUUGCUGACGAAGAAGACCCGCAGUCGUUCAAAACAGUUUCUUUCAAAUUCCAUCAACACUUCAAUCUCCCCCAAGAUGAAAAGCUGGUGAAUUAUUAUUCCUGCAGCUAUUGGAAAUCUCGAUUCCCAAGGCAGGGAUGGCUCUAUCUCUCUGUAAAUCACAUGUGCUUUUAUGCCUACAUACUGUCCAAAGAAACGAAAUUGGUUAUCAGAUGGGCAGAUAUUACGGUACUUGACAAAACCAACUCCAUCUUAUUCCCCGACAGUAUCCGAGUUAUAACUCGUGACAAUAAAGAGCACUAUUUUUCAAUGUUCCUUCAUAAGGCUGAGACGUUUUCGUUGAUGGAGCAGCUUACAAAUAUUGCUAUGAAAAGACUCAUUGAUGAAAAAAGCGGUUUCAACGAAGACAGAGAUCUACUGAAUAAAUUAAGUAAAAAUGUGCCUAAGAAACCGUCAUUUCUUAAAAGAGACCUCGAUGCUCGAGCACAUUCUGAGGUCUACAGGUUGCAAUUCAGAUUACCAGGGAAUGAGAAAUUGGAUGGAAGUAUUGACGCCACUUUAUGGACUCCAUACAAUAAAAGACACGUGUGGGGAAAGAUAUAUUUGUCUCAGAAUUACUUGUGCUUUGAAAGUAGAGUGCGGCGGAUGGUUACCCUUGUCAUUCCCUUACGUGAAGUCAGACUAGUCGAAUGUGCUGAAAAUCAAGCCUCCAACACUGCUGUGGACAAAUCCGUACUUGUCACGACGUCAAGAUCGUCGUUUUUGUUCGCACAGAUACACGACAGAGACUUUGUUGUGCAAAAGAUAUCAGAGCUUUUGGCGAAGACGAAAAUAUUUCACCUUACUGAUCAUAUAAGCACACAUGCAAGCAUAAACAGCGAUUUAAGCAAUUGUGAGGAAGCCAAAUCUCCAGAAUGGACUCCACAACCGCCAUUAAUGACCUUAUUCAAAGCACCACUGAGCCAGGAGGCAGCAAUAAAACAAGAGGCAAAGGAAAAACAGUGGGAGUUACAUUUUGCUGAAUAUGGGCGAGGCAUCACAAUGUACAGGACAACUGAUACUGCAAAAUUGGUUCUUCAGGGAGUGCCACAGACCCUUAGAGGAGAAGUGUGGCUGACAUUUUCGGGUGCUAUAAAUGAGAUGACAAUGAACGCUGGUCUCUACAAAUCUCUCGUUGAACAAUCUCUAGGUAAAUCGUGUCAAGCUAAUGAGGAAAUUGAGAGAGAUUUGCACCGCUCUUUACCUGAGCAUCCAGCUUUCCAAUCUGACACAGGAAUAAGUGCUCUCAGAAGAGUUUUAUCCGCCUAUGCUUGGAGAAAUCCUCAAAUAGGGUAUUGCCAAGCGAUGAACAUCGUUGCCUCUGUUCUAUUGAUUUACUGUUCAGAAGAGGCAGCUUUCUGGCAGCUGUGCAAUGUCUGCGAAUCAUUGCUCCCUGAUUACUACGAUCGUCGGGUAGUCGGAGCUUUGGUUGACCAGGGUCUACUGGAAGAAUUGGCUGCUGAACAUUUACCUGCGCUUCAUGCUAGGCUGCAAGAGUUAGGUCUAAUCAGGGUUAUAUCGCUUUCCUGGUUUCUAACGAUAUUUUUAAGCGUUAUGCCAACGAGUAGUGCUGUAAAUAUAAUGGACUGCUUUUUUUACGACGGAGCCAAGGUUAUUUUCCAGAUAGCGUUAACCGUAUUGGAAUGGAAUCACGAUAAAUUAUUAAACUGCAGAGACGAUGGAGAGGCCAUGCAGUUGCUGACGGAUUAUCUUGGAGGUGUGUUCAAUGACGAAGGACCCAUUUUACCCAGACCUGUAGACAGCGCUGUACCAAACAGGAGUAUUUCUAUACAAACCUUAAUAUAUGAGGCAUACUCGAGGUACGGAACUCUAACGACUGGCGGAAUUGAACGUCUCAGACUGAAGCACAGGCUAAGAGUGGUCCAAAGUCUAGAAGAUGGAAUUGAAAAGAAUGUCAUAAGAAGUGUUGUUGUUGACAAGUAUAUGGUCACUGAAGAGUUACAGGACCUGCUCGGUUUGGUAAGAGAAGAACUAAUGAGCCAGAGAAAAACCGAACCUGAUCGCUAUGAUCCAACCCAGCCACCGUACGAAGCUUACAAAGUAGACUUCGAACUCUUUAGAAUACUUUUUGGAGGUUUAUCUCCAUGGGGAAAGUGUACCCAAGCUGAAUCUCUUGCUGCAAGAUUGUUUCGUCUAAUGGAUCGCAAUCACGACGGACUUUUAAAUUUCCGCGAAGUCGUUCAAGCCAUUGGAAUCACAGCAACUGCAGAACUUACACAGAGGCUAAAGCUUCUGUACACACUUCAUCUCCCUCCAUUAUUAACUCCUGUAGACAUUGAGUCACCUGCACAUCCUGAUGGACCAGAGGUGGCAGCAGAAGCUACAGAUUUCUUUGACAGUAUGGAACAAAGCAUCGCUUCAUUAGAAAUGCCAGUUGGUGCAGCAGAAGAGCCUCAAGAAGCGGCAUCGUUAUCUCGAUCAAUGAGUCUCAACAGUCAACAGGGAGACCAAACGUGGGAGAUUCAAAGUAUGGGGAGUUUGCGCUCGAUGAUAGCAUCCAGAGAUAGUCCUUUGAACUUAAAAACUGUACCAAAAAUGUCGCAACCCCAUUUCAUAGCGCUGUGGAAAACACUUUAUGACAUGUUCCAAUCCCUUGAUCAGUCUGAAGAGCAGGAAACUUAUCAUUCAAUUGCUACGAUAGGUACGCUUCUACUCCAGCUAGGAAACGUUGGCAAAAACUUCGCUGCAGAAAGAGAAGAAUCCGAGGAUAGUUUACUCGUUGCUGCGUCACUGGCGCAGCAGGAAAUGUUGCCAACUCAGACCUCUCCUGACCGGAACGGCAAUCCAUCUAACGCCGUUUCCACGGCUGAUAGGGAUUGGUCGAUUACAGUCGAGCAGUUUUUGGCAUCUGCAUUGACUGGUCAACCGAUCGUUGAUUUCUUCAGCAAGCGCACUAACCUUAUAGAAGCAAUAGCUACUCUGAGAAAUCGUAGAUUUAAUCGCGUUCAUUCCCUCUCGGAUACACCCGUUAUAAACAUAUGACACAUAAGCGUCUAUCAAUGCGAUAAUAUCGUGUGAUACACGUACAGAGUAUUUUCCAAUUCUUUACCUCUAACAAAAGUAACUUUAUAAUAUCAACGAUUUAAUGAACCCAAUGGUUUAAUAUGCCUUAGGGAAUAUAAAUGAAAUACAUACUAAAUCCUAGGGUGAAUGAAUUUAGCACUAGAGUAAUUGUGGGAUACGAAAGCUGUGAAAAAAUUUGCCCAGAAAAAACUCAGUUUGAAGUCAAAUAUUUUUCACACCACUUCUAUGUUUAUCUAAAUUGCAACAUUUCAAAUCAUAAAUGAGAAAGAAAAUUUAGGUUAUUAUAGACUAAAUAAUUCUUUACUUUUCAAAUACUUUUAUCGGUAUGAGAGAAGAAAAAAAUUAAACUCCCAGGCGCAUGAGUGGUUGCAUUCAGCAGUUUCAACAUUACAAGUAUAUAAUAGAUAUGUCAUGAUGCAAAUAAUCAAUUUACAACAGAUUUAUAUUCAAGUUGACAGAUUUAUAUGUAUAUAUAUGUAUCUACAUUACAAAACGCAGUUUGAAAAAUGGUUUGUGACAGAUACAUUUAUCAUAAUCGCUGUCCUCUCGAUGAGGUCCCAAUGACAAGAACCGACUUGCAUAGCAUAGAUAUUGAAUUCUUUUAUGCAGCUAUGAUAAGACAGUGCUACGUUAUUGUAAUUAGAUAUUUUGGUACUGAAAUUGGAUAGUGUUAAUUAAUUAAGAUACCCACUCAAGUUUUCUUCGCUGUUAAUUUAAAUUCUAAAAAAGCCUGUUUUACUAGGCUUAAUGUGUUUAAACACAGCAGGAUUUUAUGAACAUACCUCGAACGGUGUACAUACAGGGAUAAGUAUCAAGUUAGAAUUAAAAUAAUUUUACUCACUGUUUAGACCAGAAGUUUAUACCGACUUGAGAGUAAACAUGAGACGUGAUUGCACCUCCGAACACACGUCUUACCUACAGUCAACAAAUUCCAUUUCAUCACCAAUAAUUACAGAAUUAUAUUACGAGCAUGAAUUUAUAGCUAAAAUAUUCAUAUUAAUUUAUCGUUUUUGAAGAUCACGGUUAUACGUAAUCACUAAUGUGUAUUGCAAAAAAUUACAGUAUACCAAAAAUUGCAAUGAAGUCAAGAUAGUUCACCGUAAACAGUAAUAUCAAGGAAUCGUCCGUUCAUCUUCCAUGUAAAAAAAGCGUUAUUAUCAAUCUUCCCAUUUAUUUGAUUUUGAUAAAUAUAUAUAAUUUAGACUCGGAAGAGAAUGUUCGUUUCUUGUCACCAAUUUAAUAACUAAAGUUAAUAAUUCAGUAUACGUACAAUAAAAAGUUAAAAAAUGAGAAAUCGUGAAAUAUAUAUACAUGAUUAUACGUGUGCAUACGAAACUGCAAGAAUUUGAUAAUCUACAUAUAACUUAAAAGUUUUUCGAAAAUCUGAGUCCACUGAUUAGACAAAAAAUGAAACACUCUUGAUGAAGAGUUAAGUCAAGCUCCUGCAUUUUAUGAAAAUUCGGCCAAAGUGCGAAUAGUGAAAAACUAGUUUAGUAAACAAUUGUAACAACUUUCAAGAAUAUUCUUACCCUUUCAGGAUUCUUCUUUUUUUUUAGUAUAAGACGGAAUCUCUGGAUAGUACAUACGUGUACUAGUCCUACGGCUAUAAACGACGUAAUAUUCCAAGGCAAGAAAUAUCUGUGUCAUGUAUUAUAAAUAUAGAUAUCUGUAAAUAAGAUGAGCUUUAUCAAAUUCAUUUUGUGCAUGGUGCAUAUGAUUAAUGUUCUGAAUUAUCAUUGUUAUUAUUUUAUCAAUCGUGUAAUAAAAUUCAUACUCCAA